AUGGCUGAAUUGAUAAUCUUUGUUCCUCCUCAUGAAAUCAUCAUAGAGAUCCUCUUAAAGGUGCCACCAAAGUCUCUGUUGAAGUUCACGUGUGUUUCAAAAUCAUGGCUUGAACUAAUCUCCAGCGUGAAGUUUAUAAAAAACCAUUUGAAAUUAACAGCUAACGACAAAGAGUACAGCCACCACAGGAUUAUUUUUCAAGAACCCGCGUGCAAUUUUAAGGUAUGUUGUCUCCCUUCCAUGCUUAACAAAGAACGUAGCACCGAGCUAUUUGACAUUGGUUCUCCCAUGGAAAAUCCCACUUUUUAUCCUUGGAUUGUCGGUUCUGUCAAUGGAUUGAUUUGUCUGUAUAGUAAGAUAGAGGAGACAGUUCCAUGGAACCCCACUAUUAACAAGUCUAAGAAAUUGCCUACAUUUGGAGCUAACUUGAGGAACGGUUGCUCUUACUAUCUCAAAUAUGGUUUUGGAUAUGACGAAACGCGUGAUGAUUACAAAGUGGUAGUUAUUCAGUGUAUUUAUGAGGAUAGUAGUUCAUAUGAUACCGUAGUCAACAUAUACAGUUUAAGGGCUGAUUCUUGGAGAAUAAUUAAUAAGUUUCAGGGCAAUUUUCUAGUAAAUUCUCCAGGUAAAUUUGUUGAUGGAAAGCUUUAUUGGGCUUUAUCAGCUGAUGUUGAUACGUUCAAUAUGUGCAACAUCAUUUCUCUUGAUUUAGCAGACGAGACAUGGAGAAGGUUGGAGCUUCCGGAUAGUUAUGGAAAAGGCAGUUAUCCGUUGGCGCUGGGAGUGGUGGGAAGUCAUCUUUCUGUGCUUUGUCUUAAUUGUAUUGAAGGAACUAAUUCCGAUGUGUGGAUUAGAAAGGAUUGUGCAGUUGAAGUAUCAUGGACAAAGAUUUUUACUGUCGAUCAUCCUAAAGACCUUGGGGAGUUUAUAUUCUUUACAUCCAUUUUCUCCGUACCUUGUUACCAAUCGAAUAAGGAUGAAAUUUUACUUUUACUUCCCUCCGUUAUCUUGACAUAUAACGGUUCAACCAGACAAGUAAAGGUUAUUGAUCGAUUUGAGGAAUGUGCUGCUGCAGAAAUCUAUGUAGAAAGCCUUGUUGAUCCCCUAUUGAUAUCAUGA